CCGAUUCCCCCGCAGACGGCGCUUAUCCCUGGCAGCAGCAGGCGUGUGUAUGCGUACAGGGAGCGAUGGAACUACUGAGGACGAUCACCGCGCAGCCCAGCACCGGCAACCGGGUGUGCGAGCUGGGCCGGGUCUGUGACCCAGGCAGGACUCGCUGCAAGCUACCGGCCGAGGGGGAGCAGCAUGUGCACCACACCUGCCCCGAGGAGUCCCGGAUCAUCACCGACCCCAUCACCGGGCGACGCUACCGCAGGGGCAAAGUGCUGGGCAAGGGAGGAUUUGCGAAGUGCUAUGAAAUGACAGACUUGACAAACAACAAAAUCUAUGCUGCAAAAAUUAUCCCCCAUAGCAGGGUGUCCAAGCCUCACCAGAGAGAAAAGAUUGACAAAGAGAUUGAAUUGCACCGUACCCUGAAUCACAGACACGUUGUGCAGUUUUAUCACUACUUUGAAGACAAAGAGAAUAUCUAUAUAUUGCUGGAAUACUGCAGCCGACGGUCAAUGGCACAUAUCUUGAAGACAAGGAAAGUACUGACAGAUCCUGAAGUGAGAUACUACCUCAAACAGAUUGUCUCUGGCUUGAAAUACCUACAUGAGCAAGACAUUCUCCAUAGAGAUUUAAAAUUAGGAAAUUUUUUUAUUAAUGAAAGCAUGGAGCUGAAAGUGGGUGACUUUGGCCUUGCGGCACGCUUAGAACCUAUGGAACAGAGAAGAAGAACAAUUUGUGGCACACCAAAUUACCUCUCGCCUGAAGUGCUUAACAAGCAAGGGCACGGUUGUGAAUCGGACAUCUGGGCCUUGGGCUGUGUAAUGUAUACCAUGCUACUAGGAAGACCUCCAUUUGAAACCACAAACCUUAAAGAGACCUACAGAUGUAUCAGGGAGGCACGAUACUCCCUGCCCUCCUCACUAAUGGUGUCUGCCAAGCAUCUCAUAGCCAGCAUGUUGUCCAGAAACCCAGAGGACAGACCAAGCUUAGAAGACAUCAUCCAACACGACUUCUUCUCCCAGGGCUUCACACCAGACAGACUCCCAUCAUCCUGCUGUCACAGUGCACCUGACUUCCACCUGUCCAGCCCAGCUAAGAGCUUCUUCAAAAAAGCUGCUGCAGCUCUGUUUGGUGGAAAGAAGGAGAAGGCAAAAUACUUAGAUAAUCACAAUAAGUUUGCAAAGGAAGAGGAAGAAAUCUACAAGCUGAGACAAGAAUUAAAGAAAACAUCGAUCUCUCACCAGACUCAGAGUCCCAGAACAGAUGAGGAAAGCAAAACAGUCUCAAAGUCAAAUGUCCUUGACAGACCUGACAGGCAGCAGAUGGGAGACACUAUAAGAAUGAUUGUUCGAGGGACCCUGGGCAGCUGUAGCAGCAGCAGUGAAUGUCUAGAAGACAGCACGAUGGGAAGUGUUGCAGAUACUGUUGCGAGAGUCCUCAGAGGCUGCCUAGAAAACAUGCCAGAUUCAGACUCCAUUCCAAAAGAGCAGCUAAGCACCUCCUUUCACUGGGUCACAAAGUGGGUGGACUAUUCCAAUAAAUACGGUUUCGGUUACCAGCUGUCGGAUCACACGGUUGGCGUUCUGUUUAAUAAUGGAGCACACAUGAGCCUGCUGCCUGACAAAAAGACUGUACACUACUAUGCAGAGCUUGGUCAGUGUUCCAUCUUCCCAGCUACUGAGGCCCCUGAACAGUUCAUCAGCCAAGUUACAGUUUUGAAAUACUUUUCCCAUUAUAUGGAAGAAAAUCUCAUGGAUGGCGGUGACUUGCCUGGUGUGACGGAUGUGUGCCGGCCCCGCUUGUAUCUCCUCCAGUGGCUAAAGUCAGACAAGGCUCUCAUGAUGCUUUUCAAUGAUGGCACAUUUCAGGUAAAUUUCUACCAUGAUCACACGAAAAUUAUCAUUGCCAACCAAAGUGACGAAUAUCUGCUAACGUACAUUAACGAGGAUAGGAUGUCUACUACAUUCCGUCUAAGCACGCUCCUCUUGUCUGGUGGCUCUAAUGACCUGAGAAACAGGAUGGAAUAUGCAUUGAACAUGUUGCUGCAAAGGUGCAAUUAACGUGGCGGAGGGCUGAUGGAAACCUACAGGAUAAAGUCCUUCACUGUGACGAGACCUAUGAAGCUUUGGGACCUGGCAUGAUGGAAAGUGGAGGUGGUACGAAUAAACUUCCUACUUGGCGUGCUGGGCUGGAACCAGAUUGUAGAUCAAUUCAUCCUGCUUUGUUGGAUCCAUUUCGUGUUCUUUUGAAGGAUACUUUGUGGAAAGUAAUGUGGUGACUUGUGAACCUUAAAUUUUUUUGGGGGGUGAAAGAAUCCGUCAAAGUGGGGUGACUAUGUGUUUUUGCUCCAUAGAGUAAUUUGGUGGAUGAGGAUUUGGACUGAACAUUUCUAUGAUUCUGAAGCGAAUGUUGGCUCUAAAGGAAAAAGUCAAGUUAUGGAAUCGGCUGUGAUCAAUGCAGCUUACUGCUGCCAAACUGUGAACUAUGGCCAUAUAUAAUAUUGUUUAAUACCCACGUUUGUGGCUGGACAAGUGCAUUCCUAGUUCUAAAUAAUUUAUUACAGCCCAAAAGUGAAGUAUUUGACCUUUUUGGACUUUAAUUAUUUUAAGUAUACAUUGUAUACGAUGUUGGCAAUAAAUACAUGAAACUACAAAA